GAAGUAUUUGGUCAUACAUUAGAUUACAACAUUAAUUACAUUUACUCCUUCUACACAUAGGUGUCCAUCGGUAUACCCCAUGGAGCAAAUCCAUAAUAGUCCCAGAAUUCCAGAAGAACAUGACGCAGUGCAAAGCGAAGAUGUACGGCAAGGGUGCAAGGACGAUGCAGGGCACGGAUAGCCGACGGCCCCGAGCUAGAGUGAGACGGUGUGGCGAUAGUCCUCGACCCUCGCAUACGAGCAUCGGAACGCCGGGGAAAGAUUCUGAACGAUGAUCAUCCAGGAGACCUGCAGCAUGGGUGAAAGCUGAAUACGCGUGAUAAAUAAAUAGAAAGGGGAAGAGACCGGCCGAGUGCGAUUGAGCACGCCCUGAUAUAUCCGCCGGAACGUUAUUCUUACAUUCAACACCCUCGAUUCACGACGACGAGCUUCACCAGAGGGAUGCAAGUCUCAAGAAUCCUCUC